AUGGAUAUUAGCGUUCUAGAUGAUAGACUCCUUUCUAAUCUGAAAAAAAUUGGAAUCUCUGAGCCAACAGAGAUACAGAGCAAAACUUUACAAACAAUCCUUGAUAAAAACUCUAAAAAGGUGUUAUUUACCUCGGAAACUGGAAGUGGAAAGACGUUAGCAUACCUCCUUCCACUGCUACAACUCAUCUCAGAACACGGGACUUAUGACGUGAACCCUAAGGCAAUAAUUGUGGUACCUUCUGUUUUACUAGCCUAUCAAAUCUAUGACAUUCUUCUCGAGUUAACUAGGGGGCUUAAUAUAACCUUUAAUGUUUCUGAUGGAAUAGAAACGGGUCCUAUUGUGGAAAUUGCUAUAUCUACACCAGAAAAACUAGUGACUAAAUUGGAAACAUACAACCUGAACUAUCGUCUCAAUGUGUUUGAAAACAUUCGCUAUGCAGUUUUUGAUGAUGUAGAUGCACUUGUAAUGCCAAAUCAAAAGUCUUAUGUAGAAAAACUUCUCAAAUUAACAAGGGGAAGAAUAAAAACGAUCAUAUGUUCUUCCACGAUUUCUACGGCUGGAACAAAGAGCCAUGCCGCGAUUAUUAAUAAACUCUUCAAAAUCCACACUCAUAUCAAAAGCCAAAAAUGGCAUACAAUUCCAGAGAAUAUAACCACAGAAUUCAUCCAUUGCCAAGAGAACAAUGACAAGCUGGAAAAACUCAGUGAAAUUUUGUCUAAAAUGAAGGAUGAACGCACACUAAUAUUUUGCAAUAAAUCCUCAACAACGUUGGAACUAGCUGAAAAAGUAAAAACUAUGGUCAAAAAAUGCAAAAUAGAUGUUAUAAACAAGAAAGUAAAUCUAAUAGAUCAGCUAGAAAUCCUCAGAUCCAAAAACAAGAGGCACAUUAUUAUAGCCACAGACAUUAUAUCCAGAGGGAUAGAUAUCGCAAAUGUAACCACUGUCGUCCACUACGAUUUCCCACCAAACGCUCUAAUCUAUUUACAUAGAUCUGGAAGAACAGGAAAAGGCGGACUACAGGGAAGAUCUGUAGCACUAUGGACGGACAAGGAGGAAACAUUUUACAAUCUCCUCCAUGAAAACAAAGACAGACUACCUGAGCUCUUUAGCAUGAGCAGAGGGCCCAUGAAACAGAUUAAAAGACAAAGAAAGUUGGACAAUCGUGAAACCGAGCAACAAACGGAUCCCUGA